AUGAAUAAGCAAGUUGAUUUAGAUGAAGAACUUACAGCUCCUUUCAUCAAGAAAGGAACUAAAUUCGGGUUUUGGCAUAAAAGAUACUGCGUUCUACGACUAAAAGAACAAAAAUUACUCCUUUAUCUUAAUAAAGAAAGAAAAAUUUUCGAUAGAAUGGUCAAAAUUACCCCAGAAAUAGAGUGUUUAAUAGAUGAAAACAGGAAACAUCCGAGUUUUACAUUAAAAUACCCAGAUUCCAGGCCUCUUCGUCUCUCUACACCGGAUAUCUCAACUCUCAGGAUUUGGGUCAACGCUAUUAGAACAAUGUCAAUUGAGAAUCAACAACUCUCAAUGGAUGAUUUUAUUCCCAUAAACGUUAUCGGUAGAGGUUAUUAUGGAAAGGUUACCCUUUGCGAGAAGAAAAGUACCGGACAAAGAUAUGCUAUAAAGUCUGUACAUAAAAGUCGCUUGAUGAAAGCACAUAAAGCAAUUACAGUUAUCAACGAAAGAAAUACUUUGAUGAAGACAGAUCACCCUUUCAUCGUUCACAUCUAUUUUGCUUUUCAGAAUUCGUCAAAGGUAUACAUGGGCUUUGAGUACGUAGCAGGCGGAGACAUGGCUUUUCAUUUACACAAUCUGAAAAAGUUCGAGAAGCACGAUGUACGCCUUUACAUUGCCGAAUUGGCAUUAGCUAUAGAAUAUAUUCAUAGAAAUAAUAUUAUUUACCGCGAUCUUAAACCAGAAAAUAUCCUUAUGGAUGAAACAGGAUCUGUAAAGCUUACAGACUUUGGAUUAGUCAAGGAUAUUGCCUACUCAAAAGGUGCACACUCAUUCUGCGGUACUCCCGAGUAUUUGGCACCAGAAAUUAUCAAAUCACAGAAGUAUGGUCCGAAAAUCGAUUGGUGGGCGCUUGGAAUUGUUAUGUACAGCUUUUUGUACGGCCAGACACCAUGGUAUGACGAUAACAUGGACAAAUUAUUCAAAAAGAUUAUUUCCGCACCGUUGGAAUUCCCACCUGAUGCAACAUCUGAUGAAAAGGAUCUCAUUAAGAAUUUACUUGAUAGAAACCCCGAAACCAGAAAAGAUAUCAGAUUUCUCCUUCAUCAUCCAUUCUUUAAUGGAAUCAAGUUCAAAGAUAUUCUUCAAAGGAAUAUUCCUCACCAUUACAAGCCAGAUAUCAUUCAAUUGGGAGCUCCUUCUAACUUUGAUCACGAACUUUUAGAUGAGCCAAUACUUGAAUCCCUCGCAACACCAAUUCAUGAGGAAUCUGAUGCAUUUACCGGAUUCUCUUUCGAUUGCGAAGCUUCAGAUUAUUAUGAAGAAGAAUCUCAAAAAGAGAACACAAAAUACCGACCAUUGACAUUUGAUGAUAUAUAA